AUGGGAAGACGCAGGAAUGCGCAGCGCCGUGAAGGCGGUGCCGUCGAGGUCGAGGAUGUCGAUGACAAAUGGUGGCGGGUCGUCGGCUUCGACGGCCGUGCACGUUCCUCCCGGCCCGUGCCCGCGUCAGAUGGAAGGGCGCUGCACCGGGAGCUGCUGGGCGGCCGCAACACCGCAAGCAAGCUGAUGUGCCGCGAGAUCGGACAACUACGCGGCCGCAUGCCGCCGCGCCCGGACGUGGACUUCUGUACCGAGAAGUUCCGUCGCUUCAAGCUGCAGGUGAGCUAG